AUGGCACCACUCUGCAACACGCGCGAAACGUUCAGUAAGACUUACCUCUAUACCAGAAAACCUCGACUUUGCGCAUCCAAAGACGAACCCCGUCCAUCUUGCUCGAUAUGUACAGAGCCCUGUACCCUGACUUUCAUGGGAUCAACACACCAUGCUCUACAAAUGCCAUUGUGCUCUCACGUCUUCGGCGCAUCCUGCAUCGAAUCUUGGUUCGACAGAGCAAGUACCUGCCCACUAUGCCGCAAAGACUUCUUCCCCACGAAGCCAGAAGAGAUAUCAAAGGAGCUUCAAGACCUUCCGGAUCUCUUUGUUCAGAUGUUCUCAUUGCUGGACGAGAUGAAGAAAAGGUAUCCACAAGGAAGAAAGGCGGUAGCAGGCAUGGAAAACAUGAUUGCAGAUCUGGGAGAGAAAAUUGUGAGAGAUACUGAGGAAAGGAAGAAGAGGAAGGAAGAAAGGGAAGUAGCAGAAUGGACAGAGGUGGGGCGGCGAGAUAUUGCUUAUUUGGAAAGAUGGAGACGGUAG